AUAUAUUAUUGUGUAUAUAUUUCGGACGGCGGCACAGCUGAUUUGCCGCGCAGACGAGUGCGACAACCGUUUUGGUGUAGAAAGGAAAAGGGAGAGAGAGUAAGAGAGAAAAAAAGAAAAAGACCACCGAAACGACAACAAACACGAUUCGUUCUGCGAGCUGGAGGUCGGCGACGACGGCGGUAUUUUCCGAUUGUGACGCAGGCACGACAAGCAACUCAUAAGUCAUAGCAUACUCGUUGUCGCGUGCUAUAUUAAAAGACCUUUGACAACGGCUACGUCUCAUCAACGCCAUUAUUUUAGCACGAGUCCCUGUGCUGUCUGUCACGUCUGCUAUAUUAUUAAUUUCUUAUAGUUAACUACAAUGAAUGACGCCAGUUCAUCUAACAUUGAUGGUGUUUUGAAAAGGAAAAGACAUAACUCUGAAGGCUAUUUACAUAGUGGUACAGUGUCGGGCAAGCGGAUGAAAAUUGACCAUAGUCCUAUUGAUCUUCCAAGUAUUUUAUCUAGAUCUAAAUUACAUGGUUCAUCACAGUCAUCACUAUCGGAUGAUAGUGAGCAUCAAUAUUUUACUAAUUUACAAAGAAACUCUAGAGUAAGAGCUGACUCUGAUCCAUUUCAAACUAACUCUGAAAACAGUGAUUCCUUCCAACAAUUAACUGUUGGUAAUAAUGGUAGUGUAGAGCGGCGGCCAUUAUCUGAGUUACAAGUUCUGUCACCGGACUCGCAUUCAAUUUAUUCAGAUGAUAGGUCGGAAUCAGAAGCUAGUAGUCCUGCUCUCAGUGAACCUGCCCCAUUAUUAUCUGACAAUGAAUUAAGCCCAGAUUGUAUUGAUAGUUCUGAACCAAAGAAAAAUAUUGAAAAUGAUCCACCUACAUAUGUGCCUACUCCACGUUAUUCAAAUAUUCAAGAUAGUGUUGGAAGUACUAUAGUUACUACUUGGAGCAAAUUUCGUGACAUGGCCAUUAACCAGAAGCCAGUUGCAUUAAAUGAAAGACCUUGUCCAUUGCCAGAAAUUCCUUGGGGUAAACGAGCAGCUUUUUGGCAAAUGAUAUGUAAUAGAGAUUCUGUAACAUUAACAUACAGAAAUCCUGAUUACCAAGAUUGCCAUGAACAUAUAACAUCUCGAAUGAGAGCUAUUCUUUUAGAUUGGCUUAUUGAGGUGUCAUCUGUUUAUAAGCUACAUAGAGAAACUUAUUAUUUAGCUAUGGAUUACUUAGACAGAUAUUUAUCAAACAGUGAUUCUAUUCCUAAACAAAAAUUACAACUCAUUGGAAUUACUUGUCUAUUUAUGGCUGCCAAAAUGGAAGAGAUUUACCCUCCUAAACUAACUGAAUUUGCUUAUGUCACUGAUGGUGCAUGCACUGAUGAAGAUCUGUUAGAUAUGGAGAAAAUAUUAUUAAUGCAUUUGCGUUUCCGUUUAACACCUAUUUCUAUAAACUAUUGGGUAGAAUUAAUGUUGCAAUUCAUUUGUGUUGAUGAUAGUACAGCUGAAGACAGUUUAAUUACUCCACAAUUUCCUCAAAAUUUAUUCAAUCAGGUGGCUCAUCUUUUAGAUUUAGCAACUCUAGACUCGACUAGCUUACGCUACUCAUAUAGUGAAUUGGCAGCGUCUGCUCUUACUAUAGUACUAAAUAAAAAAAUUGCUUUAACCAUUUCUGGUUUAUCAGAAGGAAAUGUAUGUAAUUGUGUUGAAUGGAUGUCUGUAUACUGGAGUGUAAUUCUUGAAGAAUAUCAGUAUGAAGAAAUUGAUUUUGAAAAUGAUUCAGAACAAGUAGAUGGCACACAUGUUAAACAACAACACUUAGUCAGUAUGGAUAUGUAUGAUUUAGCACAGAGUAGAUUUGAACUAAUUCAGUUAUCCCGGAUUAAGGGUCCAGUAACUCCUUCAAACUUAUUAACACCGCCAUGGAGUGGUAAAAAAUAUCCUGUAACAGCUGAAGAAUGCAAACCCUCAUGUAGCUACAAAUAAAAAUUAAAUACUGACAACACCAACAGUAAGAUUUUUUAUUAAAACAUGUAUAUCUUACCUUGCAAUUGGUCAUUGUAUUCAGAUGUAUUCUAGUUUUCUUUGUGUUAAAAAAUAUUUUAUUUUAAUUGAUAGAUUCUGUCUUGACGACCUAGAUUAUUUAAAUGUGCAA